UGCCGCUGCACAUUAGUGUAAGGCCCCGCAGUCACUCAAGGCACAUCGGGCUAUAUAUUCACUCUUUGUCUACGUCGAUGUUUUUUUUCUCCCCCAAGGUGCAUGCCGUCCUAGCUUGUUAGUUCUUUUACUUGUCUGCCUUCUCAGCCUCCCACAGAUCUCCAGAAAACAAUUAGCCUCCUCUAUACCCUCAAGCCAUCUCUUUCUCUUCUACAACACACCCCGACAUGGAGUCCAACACAGCCAGCACCUUCGACCUCCAGAUCCAAGAAGGUCAAAAACUCAGAGAUGGACGGUACGGGCCAGUCUUUCUGGCCCUGAGGCUCGACACCGGCGUGCUCAUUUCGGCGGAAAGGCUGGACCUUGACGAGUUCGGCGAGGUCGCUGUGCUGAAAAGCGUGGCUUCGCAGCUCCAACAGCAGCAGCAGCAGCAGCCCGAACAGCCCGUCGUUGCCUACAUUGGACACAAGCGCAGUGACGGCCACAGCUAUCUGCUGACAGAGCACAUGCCCGGCGGCACGCUCGAGGACUUCCUCGCGCAGGGCGCGGGGAAGAAGGGGGUGGAGCUGUCGAUGGCGGCCUCGAUCCUCCGGCAGGUCGUGGGGGCCCUCGAGCGCCUACAGAGACGCGGCCUCGCGGUGGCCCUUGUCGACCCGAAGCGCGUGCUUCUGGACAGCCAGGGCAAGAUCAAGCUCGACGGCCCGUUCUUCUGCGAUAGAGCCGUCACGGGCGAGCCCCUCCCGCCGGCGUGCCUGACGGUGCCCGAGCUCGUGUUUGGGCAGGGGGCGAGCAUGCGCAAGGCCGACGUCUGGCUGCUCGGCGUCCUUGCGGCGCAGCUACUGUCGGGGAAGCAGGAUGCCGUCUCGGGCAGGGCCGCCUCGAUCGCGGCGCAGCUCCGGCAAGACCAAAAGUCGGGCUUCGACCUGCUGGUGUCCGACAGGGUCAAGAGCCUUCCGGACAGCGACCUGGCGCUGGACUUUCUGCGCCAGUGCUUCACAGUAAAUGUUGAUGAGCGACCGAGCAUCUCCGAGUUGAAGGGUCACCCCUUCCUAGCUUCCCCAGCAGCAUGACGGAGGAGAGAAUCGAUGGACAUGAGAUUAUUGCAGUUGCCAUGGCAGUGUCCUCUUCGGCUACAUCCCUUCUCGCUGGGUUGAGAUAUGUUGAUAUAGUUGCGUAACAUGAGCUCGGUAUCUGUAUUUGAUGGCUUCUGCACAGCGUGCUUUUAUCUCCCACUCUCAACAGCCUUGGACAGCUUCUAUGCAGGUGAGGCCGUAUCCAAUCUCGACGGAACCCG